AUGGAAAACAUUUCAUAUGACAGUGACACUCUUACAAUUCAAGGAUUAGAGAUGUCUGAGUCAUCAACAUAUCCAGUGUUUUUCACAUUGCUCUUUGUCUAUAUCGCACUGCUUAUAACCAAUAUUGGUGUUGUUGUUAUCAUCAUUGCAGAGAGAAGCUUACACGAACCCAUGUACUUGCUGUUCUGCAACUUGUCUGUUAAUGAUAUACUUGGUAACACAAUCUUAAUUCCCCGUGUACUGUUAGACAUCGUUUCUAAAGAGAGGUUAAUUUCUUAUGGUGCGUGUGUUACACAGGCCUUUUUCAGCCACACAUAUGGCUCCGCUUCACACACCAUACUGAUCAUAAUGGCCAUUGACAGGUAUGUGGCUAUAUGCAAUCCACUGAGAUACAGUGCAAUAAUGACAGCUAAGGCAGUUGUGACCUUGUCUGUGUCUGCCUGGGCUGUUUCAGUUGUCCUAGUAGGUGUAUUACUGAGCCUCACAAUCAGGCUGUCUCGUUGUAGAUCACACAUUAAUCAUGCUUUUUGUGAUAAUGCUUCCUUGUUCAAGUUAUCUUGUGAAGAUGUGUCUAUUAAUAAUAUAUAUGGACUGUUUUACACUGUGGUGCUGUUUUCCUCAUCAAUGGGUAUUGUUGCUGUCACAUACAUUAGAAUUGCUGUCAUAUGCUGGACUAAGAAAAAUGCAGAACUCAACAGCAAGGCCAUUCAAACUUGUGCCAGUCACUUAGUCUUGUAUCUGAUAAUGCUACUGAUGGGAUACAUUAUCAUCAUCAUGCAUCGGUUCCCAGAAGACCAAUCUUUAAGAAAGAUCAUUGCUAUUCUUUUUCAUGUUGUACCUGCCCAUUUAAAUCCAAUUAUAUAUGGCCUACAGACUAAACAUUUAAGGCUUAAAAUUUUGCAAAUAUUUGGUAAAAAAAGGAUACACAGUUAGAGGACAUGGCAAUAUUUCUGAAUCAACUUUAAUCAUAUGGAAACUUGAAAUCUUCACAUAGAUGUACAUCAUAUGUAA